AGGUGGGACAAAGCCGUAAAGAAAAAAUAUUUGUAACAAUUAUCACACGUAUCAAGUGGUGCCUGAUUUGUGCUUUGCGACAACCCACGUUGUAAAUCAGCUUUUGGGACUGGGGCGAGCUCAUCCUGGGCUGCAGGUAACUCUCUGCAAUACAGCCAUAAAAACUCUGCGUGUGCCCCCGGAAAUCUCUCGGGGCAGGAGCUGCUGCCCCAGUGACCUCCUGCACGCCCAGGGCCUGGCUCACUUCCCAGCACGGGCUGGGAUGUGAUAAAACAAGCUGGAUCUGCUCCCCGGCUCCCUGAACUCUGUCCCUGCUGCCACAGCCGGGACUAUUUGCAUGUUAGAAGCAGGGGGAAUGAUAAAAGUUAAAAGGUACCCGGUAGUUUGCCAAACUACGGAAUUUCUGCGGGGCGGGGCGGAGGAGGAGGCUCGGGAACGCCUGUGCCCUGCCUCCUGCUCCAGGGUAUUUAACCUGGGGAGUCCUGGCUGCAGCCACAGCUCUGCAAUCUCCAGCACAGCACACAUCCCUCCAGGACACAUCCUUUCAGAUCACUCCAGGACAUCCCUCCAGCUCACAUCCCUCCAGCUGCCAUCCCUCCAGCUCCCAUCCAGCUGCCAUCCCUCCAGGACACAUCCCUCCAGCUGCCAGUGAGGGAGGAGCAGGCGUGGGGAAGAUGAGCUGCAGCAGGUACCCCGUGGAUGUGAAGGCUGUUGGCUUCAUGCAAUGCAGAAAGCAGAAGAACUACAUGAUGUUUGUGACUUGGUCAGACCAGAACAACAUUCUCAUCUACCGGACAUUUGAAGACUUUAAGAAAUUCCAUAAAGAGCUGAAGAGAAAAUUCCCCAUGGAGAGUGGCUCCCUCAGGAGUUUACCCAGGUUUAAAGGUGUGAUUAUGCAGCACAGGAAGGGUGGGAAGCUGAACAGGUGCCUGGAGAUCCUGAAACUGCUGGAAACCUACUCCCAGGAGCUGCUGAAAAUGGACGCGAGAAUCUCCCAGGGGGGAGACGUGAAUCAGUUUUUCAAGGCACAGACCCAGGACCUCGACCCCUCCUUCCCUGAAAACAGUGUUGUGAUCAUGCCAUCAGAAUUUAGAAGGGAAAAGAAGCACCAGCCCAUCUCCAUCACCCUUCCCCAGGCGUCCCAGAGCUACCGCUGCAUCGAGAGCUUUGAAACCAAGGACACCAAGAACAGGACGUUCACAGUGGCUCAGGAGGAAAUUGUUGAAGUGUUGAUCAAGGACAUGACUGGGUGGUGGCUGGUGGAAAAUGCAGACAAGCAGAUUGCCUGGUUCCCAGCCUCGUACCUGGAAGAGCUUGAUGUCCACGAGGACAUCCAGAACACCUUUAGCUCAAAUGAGGAGGGCAGCCUGUACUUCGUGGUGCAGCCCUAUGAGGCGCAGAAGGCGGAUGAGCUCUCUCUGCACAGCGGGGUGGUCGUGGAGGUGCUCAGGAGCUCUGACAAUGGCUGGUGGCUCAUCCGGUACAAUGGGAGCACGGGCUACAUGCCCUCCAUGUGCCUCCGGCCCUACAAGAAUCCUCACCACAAGCUGCAGACCAUCAUCAACUCUGGGCUCAACGUCUCCACCCCAAACCUCUGCUCCUCCCUGUCGGCCCCCCAGCCCCGGGGGCAGGCCCUGGCACAGCCCAGGGCACAGCCUGGCUCUUCCUUCAACCUGAAUGAAGAAGAUGGGAGCUCUCAGAGGAGCAGAUCCAGGUUUCUGCCCAGAGCCAGCUCCACCUCAGACCUGGAGUCAGAGAGCUCAUCCCUGAGCUCGGGCAGCAGCAGCGAGCAGGAUGCCCGGCUGAGCUGGAAGCCCGACCUGUCCCGCUCUCUGCCUGAAGUGGAGCAGAACAGGAGCUCCCCUGCCCUGGCCACGCACGGCACCAAGUCCCCACGCCUCACCCCCAGGGACAGGAACGACUCUGGCUUCGUGGAGUCGUCUGCAGCCGACCUGAGCUCGCCCCUGCCCGACCCCGACCUGGCCACGAGUGUCCCCAAGGUGCCAGCACGGCCCUCAACCCACGAGAUCCUGCAGAGGUGCAGCACCGUCACCAAACGGGCCCUGCAGGGACACAGCCCACGGCCAGGCCUGCAGCCACUGCUGCCCAGCCUGCACUAGAGCAGGGACAGGACACAGCCCAGGCAGAGCCAGGCACCCCUCACCAGAGCCCCGUGGGAACAUCAGCCCUUGGACUGUGGCUUCCCAAGGACACCACUGGAUCCCAAAUAAUACACCCACUGACAUCCAUCCCCUCCUUGGGCAGCACCAAUUCCUGCUGCGGCUUCACAGGGAGACUGGGAGCCAGAAGGGAGUUACUGGGAAAGGAUUUAGUGGUUUAACUCCUCAGGGGAGUCAGGGCAGCUGCGGAUCCAGCAGCUCCUAAGUUAGAGGUCACUUGGAAUUCAGUAAGUUCUCCCUCAGGCAGCUGUUCAUUCUGCCGUGCAGGAUGUGAACAGUUGAACAUUUCACAGUCACUGUUGCAUUUUUCCCCACACCAGGUGAGCUGCAGCCACCCCAGAGGGCAGAGAAGUGGCACCAGAUGACUCAGAGUCACCAAUGGCAGCCCAAGCUACAGUUACUGGAUUGUGGGAGGGAUGGGAUGAUGCAGCUGUGAUGUCAUUUACCUGAACCCCAUAUUUAACAUAUAUAUAUAUUUAAACUGUUUAGGUUUUGGUGUUGGUUUGGGGUUUGUUUUUUUACAGCUUAGAUCAAUUUAGGUAGUGGAACCUCAUCCCUGGCUGUUCCCUCCAGCCGUGGCUGUGCAGACACAGGAGCACAAACAGGGGUGGCACAGCUUGUGUCCCACAUGGGGACAGGGAGAAAGGUCACUUUUAUGGACAAAACAUUCCCCUUCCAAGGGAGUCUGGCAGUUACUGAAACUCCCAGCAAUUCUCAUCCUAAACUCGUUGCUAGAUUUGUUAUGUGAAUAGUUCUAGGAAAAUUAAGGCUUUUCUAUAUAUUGCUGGCUUUGAUUGUAGUUAUUCUCCCUGUUAAUGUUGUUUAGAAACAACUUGUGAGAUGUUUGUGUCGUUCUGAAUUUUAUACAUUUUUGUCUUUGAAAUAAAAUACAUGUAAACAUGUCUGAAGUCUGAGUUUUACACCUUAAAAAUUUGCUACCUGGGGAAUUAAAAUCGUGCUUCUCUCCCUCUCAGGUGCUAAAUGUGGGGUGGGCACAGCUGAGAGACCUGCCUUGGUCCAGGCUGCACUCUGCUCAAGCAAAGAAAAUAUUUAAUGGCACACCAGUGAUCGACACCCAGGGCCCAGCUGGGCUUGGGGACAUGAUAUGACGUUGCCAGGAGUGCCUUUCAGCUCCAUAAAGGUUUUAAAUCCCAGUAAAGCCCAACUACUUGUUGGGAUUCUGCCUUUCCUCCAAACUAAAUGAUGUUUGAGUGUCUGGGCCUGAAAAUUCAGGGUAUGAAAAUACAAACCAGAGCUUGGCCAAAGAAACGACCCUUUCCUCUCAUUGGGCCCUGAGG